UUUCUUUCAUCAGCGUCAAGUCGCCGGCGUGGGAUGACUAGCCUACGACGACUAGCCUGCUACGACUAGCCUGCGACGACUAGCCUGCGACGACUAGCUGCGACGACUAGCUUGCGACGAAUAGACUGUGACGACUCGCCUGCGACCACUAGCUUGCGUGUUGCGAUUUAGGUUCCCAGCAUGCGUCACUGGUAGCCGUCACUGGCUGCCCGCCUCUCGCCCGUCGUCCCCCGCUGGAAGCCUCCCCUCGCCUCCCAUGCGCGUCGCCAUGCCGCUCCUCCCCCUCCUCCCGCUUCUCCUCCUCUUCCUCCCCCUCUCCCUCCCCGCCGCCGCCGCCGCCCUCGAGCGGCCGGGCGCCAUCCGCGGGGCGGCAGCGGCGCGCUUGAAUCGCUUGGCGGAGGACCCCCUGGCGGACGAGGACUCGUUCGCGCGGCUGGCGGAGGCGGACAAGCGGCGGUGGGCGCAGGGCGCGGCGGAGGAGGCGGGGCUGGCGGCGAAGAUGCGGCGACUGGGGGAAGUGGAGGUGGUAACCCGCGUGCACGUGCGGCUGGUGGGGUUCGACGGGGACGGCGACGACAACCGCAAGCUCAACGUCAAGGCGGAGGAGAUGACCAAGUUCCUCAACACGCUCAAGCCGGACAACGUAUUCCGAGCUAUACAUGGGGAGUCGCAUGGCCUGGCCAUCCGCCAGCGCGUGGCGUUCUCGGUGUCCAAGGCGCCGCGCCGCCUGGCGUCCGCCGUGUCGGGCGACAUCUUCCGAUUCGUGGGCCGGGCGAUGGCGCGCGCCAAGGAGGGCGAGGUGGUGCUACUGCCGCACGCGCUGGUGGACGCCCACAUCCGCAACGACGCCGCCAUGCUAACUGAUAGCGCUGCUGGCUCUGGCGGUGGCGAGGGCGGCAAGCAGCCGUACGCGGUUUACGUGCUGAACCCACGCAUGAUGCCACGGCGCUACGCGUACUCGUAUGGCUCUGUGUCCGACACAGUGUGCCCCGGGACCAGCUUCCAGGACGAGCGCUACCUGUGGGUGGACCUGACGGCAGGCCCGGUGAGCUACGGGCCGGUGUGGGAGGGCGAGGGGGCCGUCACUGCGGCGGCGUACCUCCGAGCCGAGGACUACAGCAACGACCUGCUGCACGGGGCGUUCCUAGCGCACGUGGCGGCGCUGAUUGAUAGCGCCACGCGCCACGUGUUUGUGCCACCGCUGCUGCACGUGCCCGUGACGUACGCCGUGACCACCGACAUCUGGCUCAUCGCCAUGCGCUCCGGCGUGGGGGACGGCGAGGCGGGCGGCGGGGAGGACAUGGGGCUCAGCCUGGGGGCGAUCAAGGACGAGCUGCUAUCGCGCUGGCCGGCGGUGGUGCUGGCGGGGCAGCAGGUGCGCUUCAAGGAGGUCGUGCUCUCCCUCGCCCACUGCUCCUUCUGCUCCACCGCUCUGCACCGCGCCAUGAGGUCGGGGCUAUUCGAGGCCACCACUGCCUCCACCGGCGCUGCUCCCAGCUCAGCAGCGGGCAUGCCAGGUGGCACGGAGGUGUGGCGCCACGUGGACUCGGAGGAUCUGCACCACUACCUGUCGGAGUUCUGGCCUGAGAUCACCGACCUGGCGGGCAUGCCCAACCCCGACUACGUGGAGCGGAACGACCCCAACCCGCACGCGGGGCGCUUCUUCCCUGUCUUCCUCUUCGACCUCCACACCGCUGAACCGCUGCUGCUGGACGGCCGCCACCGGGCCCUGGCGUACGAUGACAUGGUGCUGGCCGUGCGCACCAAGGCGCCACCCAUGCUGGCCGAGUACAGGUGCGAGGGCGAGCUGGUGCCCAUGGACCCCUCCAACGUGACGCGUGCUGUGCUCUCCGCCAUCCUGCAGACUGCCUGGGGCGUCGCCCCCACCCACGAGUCAUGGAGCGCCAUCCACAACGUGUCGCGGCACAACUGGCGGUGGUCGGUGGGCAUGACGCCCUUCGGCCCCUUCUCACGCCACACCUCUCUCUCCAUGGCGCACCGUGAUGCGGCGCUGCGCAACGUGGUGCUCUCAGUGCUCAACACCACCAUCUCCAGCACCCUGCACCUCCUCACCGCCAUGCAGAAGUACGGGUCGGAGGAGGCAGCGCUGAGGCCCGGUGCGCUGAGGCAGCACUUCUCCCAGCGGUGGGCCGUGCUGCUCCACAAGAUAGACCGCGCCGCCGCCGCGCUGUCCGACCUCGACUUCCCUCUGGCGGGGUACUUUGCGCGGUCGGCGCGGCACGACAUGGACGCGUUGUUCGACAUCGCAGGGCAGUCCGCGCAGGAGAUGCACACCUCCUUCGCCUGCUUCCAGGAGGCGCCUGUGUCGUGGUCAUUCUGGGGCAGUGCUGCCGUGCUCUCGUACCUGGCCUUCAUUGUGGCGCGCAGCCGCCUGCGAGUGUGGCGGGUCAAGCACAAGCGCUUCUAGCCAUCUCCUAGCGUGCGCCGUGAUGGGCUUUGUAACUGUGAUGCACGUUGUGGCAGGUGGCUGAGUGUAGCGCAAAUAUGAUGUGUGUGCAGCAGAGCGCCGAUGCGUGCCACCUCCCGCACCUGUGCAAUAACACGGAACGUGAUUUGCUUCAUCGUGCGUUCCUUCAAUCCAGUAGCUAAAAUAGCAGACAUGGAAGCCAGUUGAAUUUCGUGCUUUGAAAUCCGUCGAAGUAUACAAUUGAAGGCAGCUUUGAGUUCAAGGCUUCAAGCCUGAACAAGAAAAGUGCGUCGAAACGAAUUCUAUCUCUUCUAAUCUCAAUCUCUU